UUCUUCAGUCGUUUUGCGAUUUUGCGAUCGUCGGUUCUCGACAUUUCAGUCGUCGGGCGUCGCGACGCUUAAGUCAAGGACGGUCGAGUUAAAUAAACUUUGAACUUUAUUUGAAGUUUUCUCUAAAAAUAUUUCAUAAUUUAAAUAAAGUCUAAUGGUGACAGUUGUGAAUGUUACUUGUUUAUUGACUAAGAUUUCGUUGUGACUUUUUGCAGGAUGUAAAUAAAUUAAACAUGGACUUAAUUGAGGUCACGAGUGUGAAAAAUACUUGCAUCAACUCUCUAUGAUGUGAAAUAUGAAGCACCUACAUUCACUAAGGAAAAAAAACUGCCCGUACGUGAACAUAAGGAUAAUGCGGAUAUAUGAGAUAUAUUAUUUUAGUAGAUAGUAAAUUGCAGAUUAAGACAUCAACAAAGUAAUAUAAAAUAAUAAAGGCUUUAUAUUUAUGGGCCGUAAAUAAUGGAAUGGAGAUAAUAAAUUUAACGCUCCUAUAAUACUGUUAUAAAAGGAACAAUAUUGAAAUAAACAAUUUUUCUUGUGAAAUGUGACAAUGGAUUGGACUUUUCUCUAUACUAAAUAAAGUUAAUAGUAAUGUGUUGUCAACAGAAAAGUGGUUUAUCAAGACUAGGAUUGUUUUUAGGAUUUUUGGCUUUGUGUGCGCUAUUGAUAGCGUUCGUAAGUGGUUCCUGGUUAUACACUAAGGAACCAUUACCAUUGGAAAAAGUUACGUUAAAGACCACUAUAAGCUUUAGAAUAGGCUUGUGGAGAGUCUGUCCAAGUGUAAAAAGAAUCAACAACACUAUACAUGUUCCAUCACCCGCUUGCUCCUUAGUAAAAUAUUCUGAGUGGCGGGAUAUCAGCAACACAGACUUGGGAAUAUCAUGGGCUCCAUUAGACUUGGCUCAAGUUUUUAUUACACGAAUGAGGUCAUGUACAGUUCUGUGCAGCGCUGCCGUUAUCCUGCUCGUACUGGCUGUAUUCUUCGGUCUUCUGGGCCACUGUAACAACGACAAUAAAACCAUUAUAGCCUGCGGACUGUUCAUCCUUGGGGGUUUAUCGCUCGGUUGUGGGCUCAUAACAUUUGUCUCUGGACUAUCGCAAACUAUGGCAGAGAUUUACGAAUACUACACAGAUGAAUCAAGCGGACCUGAUUAUGAUUAUAGAUACGGCUGGUGCUUCUUUACUGCAGGAAUCGCUUUGGUGCUCACCUACGUUGGUUCGGCUCUCUCGUUUGUUGGAUACUUAAAUCGAUACACGUCUAUCGACGAUAUGGUUCGAGAAAUGGUUCCAGGAGCAGACCGUAAACUGCGCGAACACAAGCUUUCAACUGAAUACCUCAUCCGCCACUCAAAUCCUCACUCGGCCAUACAUCAGCAGUACGACCCAAUAGUCUCCGAUCAACAAAUCCCAUUAGAGCAGUACGAAUCCAAUGAAUGCGGUCCGUUAUUAAAUAAAACUCCACCAGAUGUAUGCACUACAAACCGAUGUCAAGAGUUCGGCGCAGAUAUCUCAAAUGCUGGAGCAUUAGAAAUAAAUUUCUGUGCAUCGGGUUCUAAUUGUAAUUCACACCUGCUGGCUGGUCAGACCAUACCCAUCACUAUUAAAAACCACAAUUCAGCUGCUCCUCUUAGUUUUUCAAAUAUCCCGGUAUCUAAAUAUGGUACGAUGCCGCAUAAUAGUGGUACUACAUUACAUCAGGGUUUUCUGGGGGUAUCGGAAAUGGGUAGUUCUAGCUCAAACAGUUCGAGCGGUUACUGUGGAAGAAGUAAAACUUUGCAACAUCCGGCAAAGGGUACCGGGAGGGUAGGAAAUAAAAAAAGUGUAAAAAUCGAAUCGUUCCAGGUUCCCGAAACGAGUUUUGAAGGUUUUGGGAAAUCGAGGACGGGUAAUCCGAUACAGUAUUCGGGCAGUGCGGUAUGACAAGAAGAUGCUCCUGGUGCUGACGUUAUAUUCUAAAUUUUUAUAUGGUAAAAGCAGAUAAAAUUAGAGUUAAUAUGUAUUUAGGUCUUUUUUUACUAUUUUCGAAAUUGUAUAAAACGAUCUUGUAAUUUUUACAAAAUUAACUUUUGCGUUUCAUGUUUAGGCGAAUAUAGAGAGAUGUUUGCUUAUUUUACAUGAAUAAAAACAAAAAUUACUCAAAACGAAUGCAAAAUACCCUACUUGAUAUGCAACUGGAGUCUCCAUUGGGUUCGCACUACUUAUUAGAUACCAGAGCAUCCCAUAUAUCUUUGUCACGCAAUCUCAUGGUUAAUAGAAGAAUUAUACCAUAGGCCGCGUGAAUACGUUUUAAUUUAUUUGUAGGCUAAUUAAUACUUUAUUUGUUACUCAGUUUAGAUUGAAUACAUUUCAUUGAUUUGAAAAAUAUUUUGUGAUUCAGUUUGAAUGAAUAUGAUACAUGGCCUCAAUGUGGUUUAUUUAGAGCCACUUGUUCCAGGCCAGAUUGUGGAGUAUUACCCAUGUGGCUUAUUUAAUACAACUUCCCCAAAGUCUUCAAAAAGUAAAAAUUCUUCAAGUAAAAAUUACUAUUCUUUCGAAAACUCUAUUAAAGAGCUUUAACUGUCUUCCACUUUUUAUUGUUAAAUAUUUUGAAGAUAUAAGAAACCAUUGUCUCUAAUAAGUGUUGUGUAUUUAACUUUUUAAGAAAUGUGUAUUUAAAUAAAAAGAUUAAAACUUAAUCACAAAAUAUAAGUCUUUAAAAUAUAUCUUGAUAAAUUAAACUGUAUUACGAGUACCAUUAUAACAAUGAAUUAUUUAUACAGACUCACAAAAAAGUAUAGCAUAUCUCUAU